AUGAACAGCGAGGACCAAGGCCGUGAUGAUAUUAUUGUAGAUACUCAAGAAGGAAUUGGUGGAGUGAACAGCAAGAGUCAAAGCCGAGCUGAUAUUAUAGUAGAUACUCAAGAAGAAGUCGAUGAAAUGAACAGCGAGAGUCAGAAACGUGGUUAUAUUAUAGGAGAUACUCAAGAAGAAAUCGAUGAAAUGAACAGCGAGAGUCAAAGCCGUGAUGAUAUUAUGGUAGAUACUCAAGAAGAAGUCGAUGAAAUGAACAGCAAGAGUCAGAGACGUGAUGAUAUUAUUGUAGAUACUCAAGAAGAAAUCGAUGAAAUGAACAGCGAGAGUCAGAGACGUGGUGAUAUUAUAGUAGAUACUCAAGAAGAAGUCGGUGGAGUGAAAAGCAAGAGUCAAAGCCGAGCUGAUAUUAUAGUAGAUACUCAAGAAGAAGUCGGUGAAAUGAACAGCGAGAGUCAGAGACGUGAUGAUAUUAUGGUGGAUACUCAAGAAGAAGUCGGUGGAGUGAAAAGCGAGAGUCAGAGACGUGGUUAUAUUAUAGAAGAUACUCAAGAAGAAAUCGAUGAAAUGAACAGCGAGAGUCAAAGCCGAGCUGAUAUUAUAGUAGAUACUCAAGAAGAAGUCGGUGAAAUGAACAGCGAGAGUCAGAGACGUGAUGAUAUUAUGGUGGAUACUCAAGAAGAAGUCGAUGAAAUGAACAGCGAGGACCAAGGCCGUGAUGAUAUUAUUGUAGAUACUCAAGAAGGAAUUGGUGGAGUGAACAGUAAGACUCAAAGCCGAGCUGAUAUUAUAGUAGAUACUCAAGAAGAAGUCGAUGAAAUGAACAGCGAGAGUCAGAGACGUGGUUAUAUUAUAGAAGAUACUCAAGAAGAAAUCGAUGAAAUGAACAGCGAGAGUCAAAGCCGAGCUGAUAUUAUGGUGGAUACUCAAGAAGAGGUCGGUGGAGUGAACAGCAAGAGUCAGAGACGUGAUGAUAUUAUAGUAGAUACUCAAGAAGAAGUCGGUGAAAUGAACAGCGAGAGUCAAAUCCGUGAUGGUUUUAUGGUGGAUAACAAAAAAGAGGUCGGCGGAGUGAACAGCAAGAGUCAACGCCGUGAUGAUAUUAUGGUGGAUACUGAAGUAAAAGUCGAUGAAAUGAACAGCGAGAGUCAAAGCCGAGUUGAUAUUUCACCUGUUAAAGUGGAUACUCAGGUUGAUAGAUCUGGCACAACACUAGCAGAAAAUCUAAAGUGGCCCAUUACGUUACUGAUAUUUCUUGCUGCUUUUGGUUCGGUAAAUAUAGUUUAUUGA